UGAACUUUGAAUUUGAAUCUCUUGAUAUUCCAUAACGGCUUUUGCUGCUUUUACUAGCUUAUGCAUUUGAAGAUUGUACAACAUGGCUGGCAGGGAUGUUAUCAUCAUUGAAGAUGAUAAUGAUGAGGAUGAUGAAAUCAUUCUUAUUUCGGAUGCCCAAUUUGAAGCAUGUUCAUCAUCCAAGCAGCCAUUAUCAUCAAGUAAAAAAAGAAAAAGAGAAAGUAAGCCACUGUAUAGCUUCUGUGGCAUCUGCAUGGACACAAAGACGGCCUCUGAGAUGUUUGAUAACACCGGCAUUUGCGGUCAUAUCUUUUGCUCAGACUGCAUCAGUCAGCACGUAGCGGUUAAAAUCAAGGAGAACGUAACCAAGGUUAAGUGCCCUGACCCCAAAUGCAAAGGGGUGAUAGGGCCUGAAGCAUGCAGAUCCAUUGUUCCAAAGGAAGUGUUGGAAAGAUGGGAGAGCAUUCUGUGUGAGUCUGUCAUCAUGGAGUCUCAGAAGUUCUACUGCCCCUUUAAAGACUGUUCUGCAAUGCUGGUGGAUGAUGGUGGGGUCGCUGUCACGCAAUCAGAAUGUCCAAAUUGCAACCGCCUUUUUUGCGCCCAGUGUAAGGUUGCAUGGCAUUGUGGGAUCAGUUGCGCUGAGUUUCAGAGCUUGAAGAAGGGAGAGAGAAAUCAAGAUCAUGAUAAACUGUUAAUAGAUCUUGCAAAGAACAAAAAGUGGAUGAAGUGCCCAAAAUGCAUGCAUUUUGUGGAAAAAGUUUAUGGUUGUGACUUUAUUGCUUGCAGGUGCGGGCAUGGUUUUUGUUACCGGUGUGAACAGCCUUGUGAUCAUGCUGCAAUAGGAAGAGGAAGUCACAGGUGUGGCUAAAGAUACCCCCACUAUGAGAGUUAUACAUAUUUAUUACUGGUGGGCCCCUUACUCAAGUUUGUGAGAGAGGGGAGGUACGUCUUUGGGUCUGAGUGUAGUUUAAUUUUGUUUUGGUAGUAGAGAUUUGAUUUCAUAAGCUGUUAAGAAACAAGUUUUUUUUUCCUUUUUGGAAAUAAACAAUUUCUUCAAAUAUGUUUCUUCAAUCUAAUGA